AUGAAUUUUCCAGAACCACAUAUUCAACCCCCGCAGGGCUCUCACACGCAUACCGCAAUUCUGCUGCACGGUCGCGGCAGCGAUGGUUCGGAAUUCGCCGAAGACUUUUUCUCAUCUACGACCUCGAACAGCCAGAACCUGGCUGACUGCCUUCCAACUUGGCGCUGGGUAUUUCCAACAUCUCGUGAGCGAUGGGAUUCUCGGUUCCAGGAAGACAUGUGUGCCUGGUUUGAGGCCUACUCCUUGACCGACAUCCAAGAGCUACAGGAGCUGCAAAUCGAAGGCCUAAGAGAGUCUGUCUCGUAUAUUCUGACUCUGCUUGAAAGCGAGAUCGAAUUGCUCGAUGGCAAGAUCAGUCAUCUCUACCUCGGAGGCAUCAGCCAGGGAAUGGCGACUGCCUUGUGGACACUGAUUUGCGCGGAUGGGCGCCUUCCAGGACAGCUGGGCGGAUUCCUGGGUUUCUGCGGCUGGUUGCCUUUUGCCCACCAGCUCGAAGACUUGCUUCUUCCGUCUAACGAGGCCAAAUCACUCAUUCCUCAUCCGAAGGGAGCUCGGAUUCAGUCUCUCGUGUCUCAUUUGUUCGCCGAUACCAUCGGCAAACCCGAGGUGCCACAGGGAGACGAGUCCGGUGACACCACCUUGCUGUCAAUUCCCGUGUUUCUGAGUCACGGCACUGACGACGCGUGGGUGCCUGUGCAACUGGGUCGGCAGGCAGGUCGCAUCUUGCGACAGAUCUCGGUUGAUGUUGAAUGGCAUGAGUUUGAGGGCGCCGAGGGCGAUGGCCAUUGGAUCAAGGAGCCUGAGGGGUUUGACCAGAUCGUGGGAUUUGUGGAGAGAGCGACGCAGAGGAUAGGGAAGGAUCCUGCUAAAGUACGGGAGUAG